AAAUGGGACACUGAUCUCAUGAUGUGUGAUUCUGACAAGCCAUCCUUAAUACAUCGGCGUGCAGACUGGUGCUUGGCCAAUUAGACAAAAUCGACACAAUCUGACGUCUUUCGACGUAUUUACAUAUUCUGUGUCUCGAGGUGCAGUUAGAACAGACCGAGUCAAGUUGUUGUCAGCAUAGUUUUCUCGAUAGUUCACUAUAUGCGCUCAGUGAUCGUUCGUUGUAGAUGUUUCUGGGCUAGUAGUUGGUGAAUUGGAAACGCAUUUAACAUACAUGCCCACUUUCGAGUUGUUUUUCAGUUGAAGAAAUCCAGUCGAUAUUUUGAGCUCAUCGUUUCAGGGUUAGACAUCAAAUCUGUGCAAAUGUAAUCCCAUCAGAGCACGCACGCAUGCACACACGCGCUCAUAGGGUCGUCAAUAGGCGUUAAACUUAUGCAUAAAAGGUGUGACACUUCAAAUGCAUUUCUUUAACGCUCUGUGAUACGUAGAAAAGUUUGUGUGCAGCAAGUGUUCUUAAGCGUUUUUAGGUAGCCUAAUUCAGUCUAGGUGGCAGAAAUUCUCAACGAUUCUAAUGACGCGUGCGACGCCUUUUCAGCACCACGGACAGUUCCACGCGCGCAUAGCGUCUCCGAGGAGCGCGCUCGAUGCAAACUUCACCCGCUGAAAGAAACCUGCUGGAAUUCAGCCAUAUGUUUUAAAUUCAACAUUAGAGUAAUACGAAACUGUAUGCGAGGAUACGGACUUCUAACCGGAUGUCUUUAAGUAGAUCGGCCAGGAAUCUGUCGAUGAGAGGUGAACUGGACAGGUCAGAUUGUGAUCUUCACUAACUCCACUAACAAGCAGGAGAUGGCGAUGAUGCUUGAGUUUGCCUAUGCCUGCUUACAAACGCACUGAAGAGUCUGAACAAUUUCCUUUAGCACGGCCUGAGCUCAAUCCCUUUCCAACAAGUGAGACUGCUAAAUAGGGAUUGACCUGUAAAGCGUCCAGAUCUUUGCUCGCCAUGGCUCAUAGGUCAGCUCAUUUCAGAGGUCACGGCCCCUCCUGGCCGCUUCAUCUCACUCUACUGCUGCUUCUAUUGGCCAGGACACCCCAGGCUUUGGCUGUCCCAGGUUACAACACUGACACCUCCAAGAAAGAGAUCAUAAUGGAGGGGGACCUGGUGAUUGGAGGCCUGUUUCCUGUUCAUCAAAAGGGGGAGGGAGCUCAGGACUGUGGCCGUAUCAAUGCACAAAGAGGGAUUCAGAGACUGGAGGCGAUGCUGCUAGCCCUGGACAAGAUCAAUCAAGAUGAUCAGAUUUUGCCCGGGGUAACGUUAGGUGCCCACAUUCUGGACACUUGCUCAAAGGACACAUAUGCACUGGAGCAGUCGCUUGAAUUCGUGCGCGCUUCGCUUACAAAAGUGGAUGAUAGUGAGUACACGUGUCCGGAUGGAUCCUACGCCAUCCAUGAUGAUGUUCCACUCGCAAUCUCUGGAGUGAUCGGAGGAUCCUACAGUGAUGUAUCCAUACAGGUGGCCAAUCUCCUGCGUCUUUUCCAGAUUCCUCAGAUCAGUUAUGCCUCCACCAGUGCGAAACUGAGUGACAAAUCCCGUUAUGAUUACUUUGCCCGGACUGUACCUCCUGACUUCUACCAAGCUAAAGCUAUAGCUGAGAUCCUGCGCUAUUUUAACUGGACUUACGUCUCCACAGUCGCCUCAGAGGGCGAUUACGGCGAGACGGGUAUUGACGCCUUUCAGCAAGAGGCCCGGGCCUUGCAAAUCUGCAUCGCUACAUCCGCCAAGGUCAGUCGCUCCAUGGACCCCUACAGUUACGAAGGAAUAAUCAGAUCUCUGUUGCAGAAAUCCAACGCUAAAGUAGUAAUCCUUUUCACCAGAAGUGAAGACGCAAGAGAGCUCCUGGUUGCAGCAAAGCGGAUGAACGUGUCCUUCAUCUGGGUGGCCAGUGAUGGUUGGGGGGCGCAGGAGAGUGUGGUGAGAGGGAGUGAAAAUGUGGCGGAUGGAGCUUUUACCAUUGAGCUUGCAUCUUAUCUGAUCCCUGAAUUUGCAACAUACUUCACAAGCCUCAAUCCUUACAACAACACACGGAACCCCUGGUUCAGAGAGUUCUGGGAAAAUCGCUUUCAGUGCAGCCUGCAUGACAUUAAUUGUGGGAAGCAUUCUCUCCGGGAUGGCAAAUUUGAGCAGGAGUCCAAGAUCAUGUUUGUGGUGAAUGCUGUCUUUGCUAUGGCCCAUGCCCUUCACAACAUGAGGCAAGCAGUGUGCUCAAACACCACCAAACUCUGCAGUGCCAUGAAACCAGUCAAUGGAAAAAAGCUGUACAAAGACUACAUCCUGAAGACAAAAUUUGACGCUCCAUUUCGCCCAGCUGAUACCGAGAACAGUGUUCACUUUGAUGUUUAUGGAGACAGUCUGGGCCGCUACAACAUCUUCCAUUAUCACAAAGAGAAUAACGAAUACGUAUAUAGGAAAGUGGGAUACUGGGCUCAGGAUUUAACUCUGAACACAAGCCUAAUUCCUUGGGAAAGCCAAGUGGUGCCCACAUCCCAGUGCAGCGACCCAUGUAGGAAAAAUGAAAUAAAGAGCAUGCAGCCCGGUGAUGUCUGCUGUUGGAUUUGCAUCCCCUGCCAGCCCUACCAAUACCUUCUGGAUGAAUUCACCUGUGCGGAUUGUAGCUUCGGACAGUGGCCUUUGGACAAUCUCACGGGGUGUUACAAUUUACCCGAGGAGUACAUUCAUUGGGAGGAUGCUUGGGCUAUUGGGCCGGUCACCAUUGCUUGCCUUGGCAUGCUCUGCACACUCUUUGUCAUUGGCCUCUUCUUAAAGAACAAUGAGACACCGGUGGUGAAAGCUAGUGGACGUGAGCUCUCCUAUAUUCUUCUCAUAGGUGUCCUACUUUGCUAUUUCAUGACCUUCAUCUACAUUAGCAAACCUUCUGCUGUAGUGUGCACGUUACGGCGACUUGGCCUGGGAACUUCCUUUGCUGUUUGCUACUCCGCAUUGCUGACCAAGACCAAUCGCAUCGCUCGGAUUUUCAAUGGUGUUAAAGAUGGAGCUCAAAGGCCUAGGUUUAUCAGUCCAGCUUCACAGGUGGCUAUCUGUGCUGCUCUUAUUUCCUGUCAGCUCCUGGUAGUGGUGGUCUGGCUUCUGGUUGAGGCUCCUGGGGUGAGAAAGGAGGUCAGUCCUGAAAGAAGAGACGUGGUGACAUUGAAGUGCAACAGCAAGGACUCUAGCAUGCUGAUGUCUUUAACCUACAACUGUGUCCUCAUCAUCCUCUGUACCUUUUACGCCUUUAAGACUCGAAAGUGCCCAGAGAACUUCAAUGAAGCCAAGUUCAUCGGCUUCACCAUGUAUACCACGUGCAUAAUCUGGCUGGCUUUCCAGCCAAUCUUCUAUGUUACUGCCAGUGACUAUAGGGUACAGACCACUACCAUGUGCAUCUCUGUGAGUCUGAGCGGUUCAGUAGUGCUGGGUUGCCUCUUCGCUCCAAAGAUCCACAUCAUCCUCUUUCAGCCCCAGAAGAACGUGACCACGCUCAGAGUGGCCACCACUCGAUUCAGUGUGACCACUGGCCCUGGCUCCAGCUUCUCUCAUGCCUCGGCCUCCAACAUCGUGCCUACAGUAUGUAAUGGCAGAGAGGUAGUGGACUCAACAACAUCCUCACUCUGAGAAACAGGAUUCCUGUUUGACUGCCAAAUGCGGUAUACAGAUAAAUCUUAUCUUCACUAGUCAUGAAAUUAAGUGUUUGCUAAUGUUGAGGAGGCUAUCCGGAAUAAAAUAUGCCUUUUAUGUUGUUCUCAACGUGCUGUGAGUACAAUAUCCCAUUUUGUUUCUCUCUCUCUUUCUCUCUCUGACUAGUUAGAUAAUAUCAGUAGGAUGCCAGUUUAAACUCUGUAUACCUGUUCUUUUUAUGGAAACCAUAAUAAAGUAUUGUUUGAGAUAUGGAGUUAAAAUAUAGUAAAUCUGUUUAAAGUAUUAUAUACAAGAUGUUUUUAAUGUAGAUUUAUGGUGAUUCUGGUUUGUGCUUUCUUGUAAUUUAUGUAAAUAAAAUGUGUUUUAUAUGAAUACAGCUCUCCUGGUUGAUUUAACUUGAAAAAAAUGCACACAUCAGCUUUAAAGAAUGAAAUAUUUACACAAAUGUUCAUGGCAUAGAAUAAAACCAUGUGCAUUGUCCCCAUCUAGAGGAUAUAGUUGCUCGUUGCAUCAAAUUGAGUGAGGUCAACUUUUAUGUUAAAUGCUAAUUUGUUGCACCGUGUACAUAUUGCACCGAGUGACCUUUUAUAAUAUAGGUGAUAUGCAAAUGCAAUAAAUUAUGCCCCCCAAUUUAAUUGUUUCAUGAAGUCAUUUAAGUGUCUACCAUGUUGGAAGAUAAAUAAACCAUUAAGCCAAAUAUUGCAAAGCCUACUGCUAUUACUACACUACAUAUUUAAUGCACAUACAGCAGUCUACUGAAGAAGAAUCAUGUCUCAUAGACAAAGUAUCAUAUUUAUAUAUCCUUAAUCUUUAAUAAUCACAAUGUUCACAUAUGUAGCCGAUCACAGUCUGACUCAUAGAAAGGGUAAAUGAUAUACACGGUGUUGAACACAUAGAUUGUAUAAAAACGGUUGCACACUAAAUCAUUUGUGGCAAAAUAACAAACAGGAAAUUGUCUUGUCAACCUGAUACAUUCAUUUUUGUGAUGGUUCUAUCUACGGUCAUUUUCUUUUCCUUCGACAGUGAGGCCUUCUGUUUAACUGUCCAAAU